CAACCCUGCAUAGUUCGCCAAUAGAGUACGACCGUACAUAUGUCACCACAUGCUCAGUCUUAUACCAUAGUGGUUGUAAUUUUCAGCCUAAAUCUUUUCUACAGAUGUGUAAAUAAGUCCUUUAUUCAUCGUUAUAGAACUCGUGAAUGUGGAAAUGAUGUAUUUUAUUAUAGAGCAAUUGUAAAAUAUUUGAAUUCCUAGAGUUUUUCAAGUAGAAAGUUAAAAUGGCUGACCGUGAUAGCGCUUCUGAAAGUGAUUCAAGUUCAAUUGAUGGUGGUCCAAUUAUGAUGCCACCAUCACCAAUUACUCGAGAACAACUUCAAAAAAGGAUUGAAUCAUUACAACAACAUAAUCGCGUUUUAAAAGUUGAGCUCGAGACAUACAAAUUACGCGUAAAAGCACUUCAGGAAGAAAAUCGUAGUUUACGUCAAGCUUCAGUUAUUAUUCAAGCGAAAGCUGAACAAGAAGAAGAAUUUAUCAGUAACACUCUUUUAAAGAAAAUUCAAGCUCUAAAGAAAGAAAAAGAGACAUUAGCUCAUCACUAUGAACAAGAAGAAGAAUGUUUAACCAAUGACUUGUCUAGAAAAUUAAAUCAACUGAGGCAAGAAAAAUGCAAAUUGGAACAAACUUUAGAACAGGAACAAGAAUGUUUAGUUAAUAAGUUGAUGCGAAAAAUUGAGAAAUUGGAGGCUGAAACUUUAGCCAAACAAAGUAAUUUGGAACAACUUCGAAGAGAAAAAGUAGAAUUGGAAAAUACUUUAGAACAAGAGCAGGAAGCUCUUGUUAAUAAAUUGUGGAAGCGUAUGGAUAAAUUAGAAGCAGAAAAGCGAAUGCUUCAAAUAAAACUAGAUCAGCCUGUAUCUGAUCCAACAUCACCGCGAGAUAUUAAUAAUGGUGAUACUGCAACUAAUCUUAGUACUCAUAUUCAAACUUUAAGAAGUGAAGUCGCGAGAUUACGACAUACACUUUUAAUAUCACAACAAGAACAUACAGAAAAAAUGCAACGAUAUGUAAAUGAAGAAAAACACAUAAGAGAAGAAAAUUUGAGGCUUCAACGAAAAUUACAGCUUGAAGUGGAAAGACGUGAAGCUCUUUGUAGACAUUUAUCUGAAUCUGAGUCUAGUUUGGAAAUGGAAGAAGAACGUCAUUACAAUGAAAUAGUUAUGUCAGGAAGCAAUAUACGAAACCGCACAGUAUCAAGUCCAAUACCAUAUAAUCCUUCUCCAAAUUCAUCUAGACCACUUAGUCCUGGAGUGAAUAUUGUUGGUUCGACAUCCCGUGACAGCUAUACAUCUAAUCGUUGCUUUGCUUGUGGUCAAACUAUAAUGCUUCCAUUUUCUAGUUCACCACCAUCAACAAGUGGUCAUAUAGUUCCUCCUUCAUCAAGGCGAACUUCAGAUAGAUUUAUCAAACCCGCUAUUCCGCCAACUAUUGUUAGUCCUAGUGGACCACCGAUAACUGCACCUACAAUAAAUACGUCUAAUAGCUCACCAAUGGAUAUUUCUAAAACAUAAUUCAAAUAUUUCAGUAAAAAUUUUGAAUAUCCUUUUCUUUAAGUAUGUAAGCUGUAAUGAUUAUAAAAACUUCAAAUUACAAAGAAUACAAUAUA